AUGUCAGGUUUAGAAAUAGCUGCUGCUGUCGCAUUAGGUAGUCAAUUAUUAGAAGCAAAAUGGUUAUUAAAAGAUGAUUUAUUGUUAAUUAAUAAAGUUUUAACUAGUGCUUUACCAUAUUUAUGGAAAUCAAAUAGAGGCAAAGCUUCAUAUUGGUACUAUUUUGAGCAAAGUUGUUUUAAAAAUGGUAAAAAUAAAGCUUUGGCUUUUCCAAGACCUAAAAAAUCACCGCCAACGCCUAAAUUAGAUGAAAAUGGUUAUCCGAUUUUAGAUGACCAAUUUGAAUUGGAAGAUUAUACUUAUAAAGAAUUAUAUGAAAUGGUUUUAAGAUUCUCGUAUAUCCUUAAAAAUGAAUACGGAGUGACUUCAAAACAAACAAUUGGUGUUGAUUGUAUGAAUAAACCUUUAUUUGUUGUUUUAUGGUUAGCUUUAUGGAAUAUUGGUGCAUUACCAGCUUUUUUAAAUUUUAAUACAAAAGAUAAACCAUUAGUUCAUUGUUUAAAAAUUGCAAAUGUAAGUCAAGUUUUUAUUGAUCCAGAUUGUGAUGGUCCAAUUAGAGAUACUCAAGCUAAAAUUAAUGAAGAAUUACCACAUGUUAAAUUAAAUUAUAUUGAUGAAUUUGGUUUAUUUAAUAGAUUAAAAUCAAAAAGUACUCCAAAAUAUAGAGCAAAAGAUGAAACUAGAAGACCGCAAGACACUGAUUCGUCUGCUUGUGCUUUAAUUUAUACUUCUGGUACUACAGGUUUACCAAAAGCUGGUAUUAUGUCAUGGAGAAAAGCUUUUAUGGCUUCUGUAUUUUUUGGUUUUAUUAUGAAGGUUGAAAGUAAUUCAAAUGUAUUGACUGCAAUGCCAUUAUACCAUUCAACUGCUGCUAUGUUAGGUUUAUGUCCAACUUUAUUAGUUGGUGGUUGUGUUUCAAUUUCGCAAAAAUUUUCUGCAACUUCUUUUUGGACUCAAGCUAGAUUAUGUGGGGCAACUCAUAUUCAAUAUGUUGGUGAAGUUUGUAGAUAUUUAUUAAAUUCCAAACCACAUCCCGAUCAUUUAAAUCAUAAUGUUAAAAUUGCUUAUGGUAAUGGUCUUAGAAAAGAUAUAUGGUUGGAAUUUAAAAAAAGAUUUCAUAUAGAAGCAAUUGGUGAAUUUUAUGCUGCUACCGAAUCUCCAAUUGCAACUACAAACUUACAAUAUGGAGAAUAUGGAGUUGGUGCUUGUAGAAAAUAUGGUAGUUUGAUAAACCUCCUUUUGUCUACUCAACAAGUUUUAAUUAAAAUGGAUCCUGAAGAUGAAAAUGAAAUUUAUAGAGAUCCAAAAUCUGGAUUUUGUAAAGUUGCAGAUUAUAAUCAACCGGGUGAAUUAUUAAUGAAAAUUUUAAAUCCAAAAGAUGUUGAAAAAUCUUUUCAAGGUUAUUAUGGUAAUAAAUCAGCAACAAAUGAAAAAAUUUUAACCAAUGUAUUUAGUCAAGGUGAUGCUUGGUAUAGAACUGGUGAUUUAUUAAAAAUGGAUCAAGAUGAUUUAUUGUAUUUUGUUGAUAGAUUAGGAGAUACAUUUAGAUGGAAAUCUGAAAAUGUUUCAGCAACUGAAGUUGAAAAUGAAUUAAUGGGUUCAAAAGCAAUUAAACAAUCUGUUGUAGUCGGUGUUAAAGUUCCAAAUCAUGAAGGUAGAGCUUGUUUUGCUGUUAUUGAACCAAAAGAUGAAUUGGAAUAUAAAGAUAUUCUUAAAAUGAUUCAUGAUCAUGUUCAAGUUUCUUUACCAAAUUAUGCUCAACCAUGUUUUAUUAAAAUUGCAAAUAUUGAAGCUUCACAUAAUCAUAAAGUUCCAAAAAAUCAAUUUAAGAAACAAAAAUUACCAAAAGGUGAUAAUAAUGAUGAAGUGAUUUAUUGGUUAAAAGAUGGAGGAUACGAGGAGUUAUCUCAUGAUGAUUGGAAUUUAAUUUGUAAUGGAAAAGCGAAAUUGUAA